CUCCUGGCGGCCCCCGCCACUCCUCCCCUCCCGACGAAAACACUUUCGGGAAGAAUAAAGUUUUUCUCCCCCUCUAACGGACUCGUACGCAGCCAGCCAGGCGUUACUCAGAGCCAGAACCUUGGCCUAGCAGGAAGAAACAGCUCGACUAUGUGGAGAAAGAAGCGGGCACUUGGGGAAUCCUUGGCUUGUCUCGUGUUUCUUGUGACGCUCGUCGAUGCUUAUCGAUUCCUGAGCCAGACCACAGCCUCCCAGUUCCUGAGCCGGCACAAGAGAGCAAACUCGCUGUUUGAGGAGAGCAAGAAGGGCAACCUGGAGAGGGAGUGCAUCGAGGAGCUGUGCAACAAGGAGGAGGCCAGGGAGAUCUUUGAGAACCAGCCCGAGACGGAGUACUUCUACCCCAAAUAUGUUGCAUGUCUGGGUUCACACCGUGUGGGCAUACCAAGUCAGAACUCAGAUUCUGCCAUCCCAUCAGACCUGCGCACAUGUGUGAAAGAAAUUAGUAACCAGUGCACGCCGUAUCCAUGCUAUAAGGAGGGCUCAGAGCGCUGCGUGGAUGGUCAGGCCUCCUUCACAUGUGUGUGUAAGCCUGGCUGGAAAGGGCCACGCUGUGAAGAUGACAUCGACGAGUGUUCAGAUCCUGAAUUUCCAGCCGGAUGUAACCAAAAGUGUAAAAAUUUCCCCGGCAGUUUCCACUGUAUGUGUGAAGAGGGCUACUACAUCACUGACAAGAUCAACUGUGUGGAUAUCAAUGAAUGCCUCUUGUACUCGAGUAUCUGUGCACAACCUGCUAAAUGCGUCAACACACCGGGCAUGUAUGAGUGCCGGUGUCCCUCAGGGUUCAAAUAUAACUUCACUUCCAAGACCUGCAACGAUGUAGACGAGUGCGAGGUUAAUGUGUGCGAUGGGACAUGCUUCAACACCGUGGGCAGCUAUGCGUGCCACUGCGAUGGUCGCGUAGGUCUGCGUUUGGGAGAGGAUAAGCGAUACUGUGAAAAUAUCCCUGUGUGUGUGGAGUUGUACGACUACAAACACCCUGAGAUGCUCUACCUGGGGGAACAGUUCGCUGGCCUUCCUGUCAUCUAUCUGCGCUUCCGUCUACCAGAGAACACAAAGUUUGCAGCAGAGUUUGACUUUCGCACGUUCGACCCAGAGGGAGUUAUCUUGUACGCAGAGUCAUCCCAGGACUCGUGGUUCAUGCUUGGACUGAGAGGAGGUCGAAUUGAAGUCCAGUUCAAAAACCAGCACACAUUCAAAGUGACCAGCGGAGGGAAAUUCAUCAAUGAUGGACAGUGGCAUGUGAUCUCUGUGGAUGAACUGGAGAGCAGCAUCAGCGUGAAGAUCAGCAAGGAAGCCGUGAUGAGCAUCAACAGCCCUGAGAGUCUCUUUACUUCAGUGAAUGGCAAACUAGAAACCAAGGUGUACAUCGCUGGUCUGCCAAACCGCACAGAUAACCUCGUCAAACCUAUCAACCCCCGCCUCGAUGGCUGCAUCCGGGGCUGGAACUUAAUGAACCAGGGGGCAUCUGGGGUAAAAGAGGUCAUCCAGGAGAGGAAGAGUAAACACUGCUUUGUGUAUGUGGAGCGAGGCUCUUUCUUUUCUGGGGAAGGACUGGCACAGUUCAACAAUGACUACAGGGAUUCUGGGAGCUGGAAUGUGGAUGUAAAGAUGAACAUACGCCCAUCCAGCAGCACAGGCGUCCUCUUCGCUCUGGUCCAAAACAACACAGUCCCCCUGUCUGUGGCUGUCGUAACGCAGGGAGAAGAAGAAGCUAACCUGCAAGUGUUCCUAGAUGGCGAACUGGUUGCCACAUUGGACUCAUUCAUGCUGUGUUACCCUGAUCGGCUGACAGUGCAGCUGAAUGUGACUCCGACAGAAAUCCAGCUCUUGGCCAACUCGUCCCGCAUCGCCUUCGUGAUGCCUGAGAGCCUGCAGAUGGCGCUGGAGCGUCUCAACAGCACCAUGCAGAACCCAAUCAGUACAUAUAUAGGAGGAGUACCAGACAAUGUCCCGUUACCUGCCACCCCUGUGUCAGCGUUUUACCACGGCUGCAUGGACAUCACUAUCAGCGGCAAGCAGCUGGACUUCGACGAGGCUCUCAGCAAACAUAACAGCAUUAAGUCCCAUUCCUGUCCUCCUGUUUCUGCUCCUGAGAGCAACCCUGAGGCUGCAAAUCCUCACAGAAAGUGACCCUAAUUAACAAGCUAUCAAAAAAAAAAAAAAAAAAAAAAAAAAAAAAAAGACGUCACAGGAGGCAGCAUCCCACAGCGGCCACUUCUUAGAUAAUUUUGGAAAGAGAGAUAUAGAGGUUGCGAGAAGACAAGAAGCAGGAUGGGGAUGAGAGGGAAGUGACAAGAAGAAGUGAUAGAGCUAGAUUGUUACAGUCGUUUUUGUCGACUCUCUGUGAUGGUUCAAUUUCUGUUUAUCUUUUUAUCCAUACAGUAUUAUUGUUCCUGUCCUGGGAGCAGGUUUUUUUCUUUCAUUAGUGAAGCACAACGAAAGCUGACUUGCCAGUGAGCUAGUCAAAAAGCUGAAUGGUUCAAUGACGUAGUUGUAGCACUUUGUUGCAGUGAAACAAUUGCUUUGUAGGAAACUCUUAAAAGGAGCUGAGCUCUGUAGCACACAUUCCCUGUUUUGGGUGAGAGAUGAUUUUAUUUGUGUAGAAAAAAGUAAACAAAUGGUCACUGUUGACCAGGCUCUGGGACCACCUGCAUCUUUAUGACUGUUGCUGAAUCGUGGGACUAUCUCUAAAUCCUGUUUGCUGUGGUUGUUGGUUGAUUGGCAAGAAAGCUAAGGCGCAGGAUCCAGAUCUGUUUAUUUUAUUGUUUGUAACUUGAUAUAUUAUUCAAGGUCAGUCUGCCUCGGGUAUCGCAUCAUCUAAGAAACAUUUUAAAAACCUGGUGUAUCGUUUUUUGGUCCUAGAACCCAUUAUUCUUGUCAACAGAUGAAUACACCUUGCAUCAAACUUCAGUGUUUGUCCUCGUCAGCAAGGAUCUUCUUCUUGUCCCAUGUUCAGAAUGCAUCUUGUAUAUAAGCCAUCUUUAAUAUAUAACUUAAAUGUAGUUGUUCACUGUUGUCUUUGUUCUAUGUUUGUUUUAAUAAAAAUUGUCAAAGCAUCCUUAA